AUGCCCUCUCUAUCCGACCAGAUUGACCAUCUGGCCUCCCUCUCGAAAUCGAUUAAAGCCAGUGCUGAUGGGUUUCCCACCUCAGAUGGGCUCUUCACAACAGCUGUCCUUAAUACUGCUCUAGGUGAUCUGAUUCGUGACAUCGACUCAUCCGAACUCGGGCUCUUCACACUGGUACACCCACCGUCUCAUGUCCCAACUGAGUCUGAAGCGAGAGGUGUAAUAUCCCGUGUAGAAUUCCCUGGUGCUACGCCUCUGAAGAAACCACCUUCUCGAAGGCAGGAGAUGACAAAACCGAGAGAAUAUGAGCCAGAAGUAUAUGCCCAGGCCGCAUUAAAGUACUUGGAUCGGUAUCACUCAAUCCGCCCAAUGCCUCGUGCGCGAUCCCAGGUACAGGGACUUAUAAACAGGCUGGAUGAAGCGCGACGGAAUAUCAGAAGUCUUAGUGAAACAUUACAGCAGUUAACAAGUAGCAAUCCCGCAUCAGACCCCAGCUCGCAGGAGUCCACUGCGGCAGACGAGGAACGGCGCAUACAAGAUCUCCAGGCUCGUCUUACCGAACUGCGUAAACAGAAAGAUGACAUCCUUCGCACCUCCAAUCCUGCGCCCGAGUCCAAGUCCGCGCCGAGACUGGCUAGGGCUCCUUCACCUCUCACUGUACCCGAGGCCCAGGAAGAGAUGUUCUGGAAUACGCCUGCCGCAUCCGCGCGGACGCUUCGCUUCACCGAAAAGCUCAUGGAUGAGGAGGUGGACAUCAAUGACGUAUCAGUUAUGUCCUUCACGAGCCCGGUUCCCCGUCCUCGAUCCGUAUUAUCAUCGCUAGGUCUUCCUGUGGACGAUGAUUGCCUAGAUAACGAAGAACACGAUAUUGGGCAGGACGAUUCUGUGGUAUCUGAUCCAUCAGACAAGCUCGAGGAAGAACCCCCAGGCAGUGAGCUGGAGGUGGAUGAUGAAGAGGGAGAACAAACAGUUGUGCUCAAGAUGCUGCCUUCAUCGUUACUACCAAAUUCCACUCCGCCAGAAGGCACUACGCCUCCUGAAACACCGUUGCCUACAAUUUCAGAAUUGCAGACUCCUGCAGGACCUCCUGGGUCCGCUAGAAAACCAAAAGUGCGCAUGAAUGUAGAGAUCGAAAAGAUUGUGGCAAGUAUCCUGGUGAAGAUAUGGAGCACAGUGGGCGAGAUCAUCAUGCCGGGCCAUCCUUUCGACCCCACGGGAUCAGGAAGCAAACCUCCAAGGGCAAAGGAAACUCUUGCCCAUCUCGAAUCCCUCUCCUCUCAGACCCCCUCGCCUACAUCCCCGACUGCAUCCUCGUUUUCAUCGCUUGCGCCAUCUAUGAUCCUUGGCCAGCCUACCUCGCAACAAAUCACAACUUGUCAGCUUUUGCUCACUCUACUCAAACAGCCCGGUUGCUCGAUGUCGCUCAAUAAACUUAAGGAAGCGCUAGCGGAAGGUGGUGGUAGCGCGGGUGGCACGCGAACGAUCUAUGCCUGUGUGGCAAAGAAGUUGAUCAAAAUUGAGCGAGGGAGCGGGGAGCAGGUCGUCAAGUUCGAUAUUUGAUCGAUUUGAUUGCUUCCGCCUGCUGCUUUCAUUGACGUAAUGUAAUGAAAUUCUCUCGGGGAGUGAUGCUACCCUCAACCUUGUUUACGCGUCCGCGAACAUCGGUGAAGGAAACGUGCGGCGAGAUACACAACUUGAACGCCUUCGUCGAUGUUCGUGAACCAGCUGAACCCGGCUUAAGUUUUGGGUCAGCCACCACGAUCGCCAUUGGAUACAAUCUUGACAGGCAACCUGACGGUUGAAUUAGUUGCGAACGAUAUGUACUUUGUGGACACUUAACAAGGAACAAAGCUGAAUUUUCGAGAAUCAUGCCGCGAUGUGCCACCAAUGAUGAUGAUAGGUUGCCCAGCAUACUCGCUAUUCCCAUGGCGUAAGGUGACCUAGUCCUGCAAGCUGUUGUGCAUUACAAGGUAAAGACGAUGGGUAUGAUGCCAACCUGCACGGAAGCCGCUGGGUC